AAGGAGCCAAGCGUCUCUCCAGCAGAAAGUCCUUUCACUUGGAGCGAGUGGUCGUCUCGGCUCGUGACUGUGCGUGUUUUCAACAGCAGUGGCCCUGCCAAGAAAGGCAAAUGCCCGGGAUGGGCAACUCUUUACGCGCGGCCGCCCUUCUGGCUUUCGUAGUUCUUUCUAUUCUGGUGUCACUUCUGAUCAGCAGCGUGCAGCAGUUUGGAGCAAAAAUAUCGCUUGUUCCUAAUGCAACGAUUUCUGCUGAUGAGGAGGAGUUGGCUUCACUCCGUGGGUCGUUGAUUUACCAGCUAAACGAGAGACGAAAAGAAAUUAUUCCGCUGCUUUUACCUGAUGAUGACAAUGAAAACAAACGGACAGAAAGUCGACAUUCCUCCAAGCAUGAGCAAGACUCAAUUUCGGAUUACAGUCUGUGGAAUGAGAUCACACUUGGCUCCAGAAAAGCGCAUCUGGAUCAAAUGGGUUGUGAUUCUCUUGUGGACAUGCAGACUGUGGAGGUUCUUGGGUCAGGAUACACCAAACUGGUUGUCAAAGUGAAUCUAACUGGAGGUCAACUUGUGGCGUUAAAACUCGUCAACGAGCAGGGCAUAGACAUGGGCAAGUGUUUGGAGGAUUAUAAAGAUCCGCAAGGCUGCCGUGAGCUGGUUUCUUUCAAGCUGAAAAAAGAAAUGGUGCUGUUGCAAAGGCUGCAGCAUCCAAAUGUCAUAAAGCUCAAGGGUCAUUGUGCAGGAGUGCAAGGAGGAAGAGGAAUUGAGGGAGGAAGAGUUGCAGUCAUUCUGGAGCAGGGGAAUCCUCUCCAGAUGAUCCAGCUGCUCCAAAGCCCAUGGGAGGAUAGAUUCAGGGUGUGUCUGGACCUGGUCAGGCUCCUCCACUUCCUCUCCCAGUCUCCUCUGGGCUCUAUGGGGCUUUUGGACUUCCAGCCGCGGCAGUUCGUCACCGUUUCCGGCAAACUGAAGCUCACAGACUUGGACGAUGCCAGUCCCGAAGAGACUGCCUGUCAGUCGAACGCAGACUGCACUCUUCAGUUCCCACACAGAAAUUUCACUCUGCCGUGCUCGUCUCAGGGUGUGUGUGAGGGAUUGAAUGAGAAGAGGAACAUUUACAAUGCCUACAGGUAUUUUUUCACGUAUUUGCUGCCCCACCAGGCCCCGCCAGGCCUCAAACACCUGGUAGACCACAUCAUGAACACCACAGGGGAGCUGAAAACUGACAUCAAUCAGACGCUGGAAGCCUUUGAACACAUCCUCCUCCUGUACAAGUCAGGCCUACACCUGGACAACCUGCCUCCAUCAAUAAUCAGGGAUUACACCGUGAUGCAAGGCAUGGGGACCUCCGGGAACGUGGCGUACCGCUGCUGGCCAUCAUACAGCCAGCAGGGCUGCAUGCUGUCAGUCCACAGUGCCAGAGAGGCAGCAUACAUCUGCAACUCCCAUUCUCAGUGCAACAGCUUCACUCUGACUAGUCAGAAGACGUGGACAGGACGACUUCUUGCCUCUUUCAGGAGCAGCUUCAGUCAUCUGGUGCCUGAUGAAACAUCAGAGGUGUAUGUGAAGAAAUCCAAAGUUCCUGAAGCUCCUUCAUUAUGAUAUAUAAAAGAAAAACAGUGGAGCUGGAGUCACUGGAGCAGAAGGAGAGCUGACAAACAACUUGGCAACUGCAAGUAAAACAGAAUCGUAGUACUUAAGAAGAGAACUCCGCUCUCGCAGAAAACAAGUUGAACACAAUCAGCUGUGUGGAUGAGGAGCAGCCUCUAGAAGCCGGGCUGUUUGAAGUGAGCAAGUGAAUGUGAUGUAUUUAUAAGGCUUCAGCUCAGUGGCUGUUUGAUCUGUUUGCCAGCCUGUUGCCUCUGCCAGAUACUAUUUGAAGGGAUUUCCCUUCAGGUACAAUUAAGGAGGUAGAGCCUUAUGCCCUUGACAAGUUUUUUUUUUUUUUUUUUUUUUCUUUUACCCCUACCUUGCCUUUAUUUGCCAUGUGUGUUGGCUUCCGUAGCGAGGCCAUGUCCCAGUAGUCAGAUUUUUAAACAAGAGCGGUAGUAAGAGCGACCACUGCAGCUCAGUGUUUGAAGCCUGAGGAUGAGAAAAGAAAACAAGCUCUUAUACAAAUACACUUUGAUGUUAAUGCGCUGAGGUCGGAGCAAUUUUUUCAUGGUUGUCUGGCUGAAGCUGCACUGUGGUAUUGGAUGGCACAACCAUGUAAGUAUUUACUUAUCAACAAUGAGCAAAACUGAUUUAAACCAUUCCAAAGCAGUCUGUUUUAACAGGCGUUUGUAAACUUAGCUAUAGUGUUUAGUUGAGCUAUAUUUAUGAUCAAAUGAAAUCAAAUGUUCUUACAUGCUCAUGCAUUGCAGCUUAUGUGCACCUUGUGGGUGAAAUGUUAUUUUCAAUGAAAAAUUAUGUACUUCAGUGUUUUUUAUACAUGUAACUGUACAAUUUCUACUUAUAUAAAGCAAAUGUCUACUUUUUACUGCUCUGGUCAUUUGCAUUUUUAUUGUAUGGAGUGUAACUGUAGCUAACAGCCUGUUUAUUUCUCAUUAACACCUUCAUGCGU